GUCAACAUUGCGGGCUCUCUGAGUGAUAAAAUCACAUCACAAUCGAAGCAUUCGAACUUCAUAAUGUCAGUCUCAAGGGUGUUCUUGCGGAGUCGCCUCCUUCUCCGUGCAAGCACUUCCUGCGUGCGCGUCACGCCUUCGGCAAUCCCAUCAAUCACUUCAUCGUUUCCAAGAAGAACCUUCACUUCCAGCACACCAGCAUGGGAAGAGAUUGUCCAAACGCCAUCGGCAGGCCCGGAAAUCUCUCUUACGGAGAACCAUGCCGAGGCAACGGGUAACCCAGCAAACUCGAUUGCUUUGUUCAGAAUAUCACGGCGAAUGUCAAAAAGGGAUAUGGAAGAACUUAUCAAGGGCAAGGGUUUCAACAUCAAGAAGAUUCAACUGCGAGUAGAUCGCUUCAGUUUCCACAACGACGGCAUGUGCUUUGUGGAGCUGGAAAGCGCUGACGAAGCCCAGAAAGCAGUAGAAGAAUUGCAAGGAGUAGAAAUGCACAGGUGCAAGAUGGAGGCGGCGCCUUUGAAGCCCGACUUCCGGUGGGGUCCUAUAGACAAGCCAGGCGAAUAUCCAACCCGCUACUUCAUGGACGAAGGCAAUGCUGCUGAAGAGGCUCUGCGCGCCCUGUUUGAAGACCGCCGAAUGGUGCUUUCUGUUGAAACCCCAGGCUGGUCGCCUGGACGGCCCAUCCGCGAGUCGAGGGACAGGGCGAUACAGAUCAUUGGGGAAACCCUCGGCCCGUACGGUAUCGACCGCAUCAGCGACUUGUCGGUAUUCUAUGGCGACAAAAAGUCCAGACCACGCCUGCUAUGUUCGAUUGACUUCAAGACGAAAGAAGGUGCUGAGAAAGCUGCUGCAGAGAAACAUAAUGAAGUAAUCAAUGGCCGCCUUAUAUGGCUGCAGGCCUGUAAGCCGUCACCAUGGAGGAUACACCAGUUCUGGAAGUCGGCCCCCAAGCUUGUGGAAGAGAUGCAAGAGAAGGGCGUUCUUUCCAAGGAAAUGUCCGAGGAUAAAUUUGUCGAUCCGCUCCCGAGGAAGAAUAGGAAGACCAGACAGCAGAGGUAGGCCGGAUUGGCAGGCAUCUGUUAUGAGCAUCGUUCAAUGGAGGCAUGAUUCUUUGGCGAUAGCCUCUGCAGAUGGGUUGAGGGCUCUGAGCAACGAAGCCGGUGGAUGCUGAGAUUGUGCAUGACGAGUCCUGAGUUGGACCAUCCAAAAUUUAUGAGGGGGCCGCACGACACGCAGCUCUGUGCGUUGUCUUUGUUCCUAUCCUGUACACUAAACAAAACACCAAUCAUUUUCCCUACACACUACUCUGCCACAGCAGUCUUGAGCCGGAAAUACGCAGAAAGCC